AGGGCACUGAAUCAGUGUGCGAGGAGAGGGAAAACAUCUCCUUGCUGCGCGUGUUUACGACAGAGGAUGUUUCAGAAUGACACCACUUGUACAUGAACCCCACCUUCCCCCCCCCCACGGCUCACAUGUCGGGCGCUGCGUGUUGUGCUUGAGCGUCACAUCACAGACUUAACGGGAAUCUCGGGUGUCUGCACCGCUCCUCUGGGAUUAUGCCCGGGAUGACUCCGUGGUGAUUUCUGAGUCCUUUCUGGAAACAUUCAUGGGUGCACGAAAGGAUUUCCCGAGUGGGGAAACGUGGGAUUUUGUCCACUACCGCUGUCGUUUCCACUGCGCGGACAGCUCAGGUUUUGACCACAACUUGGGUUAAACUUUCCCGAAAUGCUCCGCUGUGAAGAAAGAAAACAGGAUUUACAAUUAACUAUUUAACCAGGUGUUCUCUUCACACUGCCGGGGAUGAUGGCAGAUCGACGAACUAUGAAUUUUCUCUUAUGGAUAUUAGUCCCAAACUUUUUCCUGUGUUGGCUUGCGGUUGACGCACAGAUGGGGUUUGAUGGGCCGCUCUCUGCACAGGAGCAGAUGUACAUCCUGUAUGAAAUCAAAAUGCAGUGCUACCAGAAUCUCUCCAACACUGAACCAGGAACCACAGAUGAGGUGUGCCCUCCAGACUGGGACGGUCUGAUCUGUUGGCCCCACGGCUCCCCCGGGCUCAUCACCAAGGUUCCCUGCCCAUCGUACAUCUAUGACUUCAAUCACCAAGGACAUGCUUACAGGAAGUGUGACAUCAACGGUUCCUGGGUCUUUGUGGAGCACUGGAACAAAACAUGGACCAAUUACUCAGAGUGUUUACGCUUUCUCCAGCCCUUCAGUGACGAAGAUGGGAGACAAGACUUCUUUGAGCGGCUGUACGUCAUGUAUACCAUUGGCUACGCCGUGUCCUUCAGCUCUCUGCUAGUGGCCAUCAUGAUCAUUGGAUACUUCCGGCGUCUUCACUGCACCAGAAACUACAUCCACAUGCACCUCUUUGUUUCCUUCAUGCUACGAGCAGUCAGCAUCUUCGUGAAGGACAAAGUUGUGUAUUCCAGGGCGGGAUUGCAGGACUUUGACUCUGCUCUGCUCGACAACUUAAAAACUGUUAGCAUAGCAUCACUGGACAAGUCGCAGUAUAUUGGCUGCAAGGUGACUGUGCUGCUCUUCAUCUACUUUCUGGCUACCAAUUACUACUGGAUUCUGGUAGAAGGCCUUUACCUCCACAGUCUCAUCUUCAUGGCCUUCCGAUCAGAUUCCAAAUACCUCUGGGGUUUGAUACUCAUCGGAUGGGGUGUUCCAGCUGUUUUUGUGGCCAUGUGGGCGAUCGUCAGGGCAACAGUGGCAGAUGCAAGGUGCUGGGAGUUGAGCGCUGGAAACAUCAAAUGGAUCUACCAGGUUCCCAUCCUGACAGCGAUUGGGCUCAACUUUAUUUUGUUUGUGAACAUCGUGCGAGUUCUGGCCACUAAAAUACGAGAGACGAACGCAGGGAGAUACGACACCAGGAAACAGUACAGGAAACUGGCAAAGUCCACUCUUGUGCUCGUGCUGGUGUUCGGCAUCCACUACAUCAUCUUCAUUGGGAUGCCUCAUACAUAUCAGGGACCAAGCUGGGAAAUCCGAAUGUACUGUGAGCUGUUUUUCAACUCGUUUCAGGGCUUCUUUGUGUCAAUUAUCUAUUGCUACUGCAAUGGAGAGGUCCAGACAGAGAUAAAGAAAACAUGGACACGGUGGAACCUUUCGUUUGAGUGGGAGGGUCCAGUUGUGUGCGGCCGCUACCGUUAUGGGUCUGUGGUCGUAGGUCUGAACAACAACAGCACCAGCAGCCAGUCCCACCUGGCUGGUGCUGGGCCUUCCACGCGCUCCACCACGCUCGUUUCCAGCCGCGUUUACCGGAGCACAGGUCCACCCGUGAUCAGCACGCAUGCCACCCUGCCAGGAUACGUAAUCAGUAACUCGGAUCCAUCCAUACCCGAGGAGCCUGAGGACAGCGGUCCCAAGCGGGUGGAUGAUAUCUCACUGAGGGAAAAUCUGCCUGUUCUAAAUAUGAGUGGAACAGCUGACGACGAGGAGGAAACGCUGUAGCAGACAUCUGAUGUCAGAGCGGGCCGUUGGAUGCAAAGACAAAGCAAAAGUGUGACUCUGCAGGCAAGAAGAGGAAAAAAAUGUCCCACACAUUCGUAAGAAGAAGAACUAACGUGAAGCUUCUUUACAGUACUGUAAAUUGUGAAGAAAUGUUAACUGUUGUCAUUGCCAUACUGUUUUUGCUGCCAACGAUCACCAAAAUGCUCACUUUUAAACUUCUACACACAGAGCCUUUAACAACGCACACAGGUCACGGUGAAAAAUGAAGAAACAUCAACACUGAAUCAGUUCGACGGAGCCAGAGUCACAGCCCCACACAUCACAGUACAGCCGGCACUGGCAGCAAAAGCUGUUGAUGGCAGACUGUUUACUUAUGAACAUCAUUUGUUGGAGCGUAAGCAGGCGGGCUGAUAAGUGGUACAAGUUGGCAACACUGCUGCUGCUCCAGCCCCUUGAUCUGACAGUGGUUUAUUACCUUCAGACAUUUCCAAAUGACAGGAGGUGAAAAGCUUUUGAGCACCUAGUUUUAAAAAAGGACUAAAAUAAUUGAGUAAAAAAUAAAACAGGUUUUUUCCUCAGGGAGGGCAACACCACAGUGCCCUCUAUUGUCUCACAGCCACUGGAGGUUAGCUUGGAAAUACGCUGUAGCGUGUUUAACAGUCUGACGUUAUGGAAAUUUCAGCAUCUCUCUAGACUGUACUUUUCCAGCCAUCACCUUGAUUGUACAGUAUAUCACAUGAGUGCCACAUCCAAGGAUAAUGAUAAGCUACAGUAGACUCGCACAGUAACGCAAAAAUAGGCGUUAUGGAUUGGAUGGUAAGGUAAAAAUACAGCAUGAGCAGCAUGAUAGCUAACGAGAGAUAAAAAACCCCAUAAUCUCAAAGCAAACUGAGCAUUGAUGAAUCUUUGUUCUGGCAGACAUGUUCUCUAAAUUUGAGCAUACAGUAGAUGUUUUCUUUAAAUAGCUACAAGCUUCAUCGAAUAGACAAUGGGCUCUAUUUUCCUGCAGCUGCUGCAGAAAUGUGUGACGUCACAGACAUGCACACCUGCCAGCUAAAGCUAUAACUAUGCUUGUAAUCACUUGUCUGAGUUGCAACAUCAAUCUUUUCUCUACCUCAAACUAACACAUGUUUUAAAAAGAAUGUAUAUAACAAAAUACAGCGUUUUUUUCAUCUAUGGCAUAAUUUCGUUUUUGUUUGUGUUUUUGAGAAAACAAAUAUUUUACCCUACUUGGGUUUAGAGCCUGGGUUUGUUGCUAUAUCAACACAUUUUUAAAAACUUGUGAUGUCCAAGGAGUUGAUCUGCCUGGCUGCACGCUCAUUGGCUCAUUGUUAGCCAAUCCCUGGCUAAUCCUUAAACCACCAAAAUUCACUCACAUUCAUUUUUACCCGCUAUGAAUGUGAGUGAUAGAGUCGAUUAGUACAUGAAGAAACGUUAACAGAACUCAGGGCCUAGUUCCAUUUUUCUUACAUUUCUGUAGAUAAGAUUAAUCUUUAUUGUCAUUGUACAGAUAUUAAUCAAUGAAAUUUCAGAGCGCUAUAAAGACAAGAUAAGAACAGAUGUAAUGAAAAGAGGAAGGAGGAAACAUGUUACCACAAUCACUCACAAACCAGCUUAUUACACCUGAGAUGUAUGCUCAGUGUUGGCAGUGUUAGGUUUAAGUGUAUUUAAAGUCUUUACCACCCAUGGAAAGAAGCUCUUUCCUAACAUUGUUCUGCUUUUAAUGCCUCUGUUCCUCCUUCAAGAGGGCAGUUGGCUGAACAAGUGGUGCCCAGGAUGAUUCUCUUUGCUCUGGAGAGACAUCAAGAGCUUUGAGUCACAUGCAAAGAGGUUAAAGGAGAUCCUAUGGUCUUUUCAGCUGACCUCAUCACCUCUGCAGUUUUCCCUGUCAGCUACUGUACAGCCAGCGUGCCGCACAGUAACGGCAGUGUCAGAGCACUCCCAGCUGUAGAGCAGUGGUCACCAGCAGUCUGUCCUGCAGAGGGAACAGAAAUCGGCUUGCAGCCGACCAAAGACCAAGUACCAAUAUGUACUUGGUCUUUAAAGGAUUGGAGAGACUGAUCAUUUGAGUACAAAGUUGUAUAAAAGCAUAAAUAGUGAAAAAAAAGUCUUGUUGACUUUGGCCAAAGUAAGAUUCAAAUCGGGAUUGGGAAGUGAUUUGGGUUUUGUCCCGGUGGCCAGGAAAAGAAGAAUGUGAAGUUAUGGCUCUGUCCAUAUUCAUUUAGAUAGGGGAUUAAAAAUAACUGCCCACAUGUGUUGGCACUGUGGCUGCUGAGUGGCAAGACUUGGACAGUCUGUGAAAUGCAGUAUGGUUUCUGUGUAAUUUAUUACAUACCUGUAGCCAUCAAAUUCAGCAGGAAUGAUGAAUGAGUCCAAAUCUGAGCAGACAAACUCUGAAUUAUGUCAGGAUGAUUAUUACAGCUAUUUUUCAUUUUGCCACUUCCAAUUAUCUUUAUAAAUACUUGCAGUUGUAGCUCAUGUGCAUUCAAGUAGAGGCGUAUAAUGAGCGGCAACACAAACGAGCUAUCCAGUGUUCCCUGAACAAAUGAUACAUGCUGUUAAAACAUUUUUUUUUUUUUUACAAUUUCACACAUGAGAAGGCAUCACACGAUAAAAAGUACCCUUUAUUGGAGAAUUAUGGACAUGUGCCUUCUACUCAGAAGCAUCUUGGAGGAUGGAAGAUGACUCGUAACUUAAAUCCUGCUUACUUUACUUAGAACUGACACCCAGCUGACAGCUGACAGAAAAGGAUCCUGGGACUUGGCAAUACCUGGAAAAUGAGAGGCUGAAUGCCUCAUGCGAAUAAUAUACUCACUCUUUUCUCCUCAUUGCAUUAGACUGUACCUCGCUGUGCUUGGGUAGUGAAUGUCGUCUCAAAACUGCAAACAUUUGCUCGUCUCGCUGUCAUGUUUGCAGAAAGAGAUUUUGCUUCCAUUUGCAUUCUCACUGUGUUUCAGGACAAUAGAGCCCAAUGUCACCAUUCACAGGAGUUUCUAACCUGCUGUUGGCUUAUUUCUACUUCCAGAAGAUGACAUCAUAUAAGAGGAGGAUGAAUUGUGAUGUGCACAAGCUGCUCAUGGUGAAUUACUAUAAUGUGUGCUCUUGUGCAGUCUGCCCCCUUAUAAAAAAAAAGAAAAGUGAUGUAUUUUGUGAAAACAAACUUACCGUGGAGAGAAACUGAAUGUAUCCAGAAUUAUUUUUGUGUCUUUAAACUGAAGUUGAACUCAGAUUUUCACUAUUGAUUACACAUGCAUAGAACAUUUCUGUGCAUAUGUUUACCAUUUGUAAAAACAAAGCCAGUAGCACAGACAGAUUUUUAGGGCACAUGAGAAAUUGAUGCAACAUUAAAAACUUAUAUUUUUUUUGGACAAUCAACCAAUGUGCUAAAUUUGGUGGCAGCUUAACUGUUUUGUGUCUUCUUUGUGCAUGCAUUGCAUGUUUGUCAGCAUUAGAUGCAGUCAUUGGACACAAAAACUAGAAUAUGUAUUGUGCUCGUGCCUCCCUUGCUCUUGCAGAAGGUCUUAAAAAUUUACUUGAAAGGAUUCUUUUAAUUCUUGUCUGUACAUGUGCUAAAUGCAUUUGACUGUUUUUCUCUGUGAUUUUUUGGGUCUCCCUGCUCUUCUGCUCUACUUCAAUCCCAACUCCCUUCUCUCUGUUAACUGCUAAUAAAUGCUCAAUGCUUUCAGCAGCAACAUCUUUAUGUUCUUGAUAUUCCUGCAGUCUUACACAUGCACAUCACAAACGUUUAGUAUGCUCGGUCAUGUAGGAGUGCUGAUAUUACCGUGUUAGCAAAUUAUCAGACAGGAUUGUUUUGGUUUAGUUGGUGUUAGCGUGUUGGUUUUAGCAAGAGAUUAAGAGGUUAUUGGAAGUUGUGAAUUCACGCCAUGCUAGAUAGCUUCAAAAGUCUUCAGUUGGACAUUCAGGGUCAGGGAUGUCAAACUCACUGGACCGAAGAAACGAAAAAACAGGAAAUUUUCUGUCAUCUAGUAGUUUUUUAAUCUCAUUACUUUGUUGUACCAUGAACAGCCAUGAGGGAGGUAGAACUUUUCUACUCCCCUUUCUGUCUGAGCAUUCAAAUCACUUUACUCAACUUGCCGUAAGGUUUUCCAAAGCAAGUGGGCUGGACUGAACGGAUUCUGGCCCCCAAGCCUUAUUUUUGACACCCUUGUUCUGGGUAGAGAGCUAAUGUUAACCAGUGGUAAUCAAAGGGAGGAUGUGUGAAUCUAGCAGUUUGCCUGUGGAUAGUGACUUAUGAGUGCUGUAUGGAGUCAUUUGGGCAAAACAGUCGGCACAGGCUUGCUACUUGCUUUAGAGGGCCUUGCUUUAGUGCUCCACUUUUAAUGGAGCUGUUCUAAGUAAUGAAGUUCAGAUUACUCAUUUUGGGCAGGAAAAAAAAAAGGAAAAACAUAAAACUAUCUAACACUGCUUAAAACCCAUCGCACUGUGAAGUAGCAUGGCCUAAACAACCUCCUGCCUUGCUUUACAAGUGCAUUAUAUACUCAAAUAGUCAUUAUCUAGAGGACAAGGUUAUAAUUAGCCUUGUGUCGCUCGAGUACAGUGUAUGGGUUAUGCUUUGCACUCAAUGCUCUGUGAGUGGACCAUUAUAAAAUAUGAAAUAUUAAUGCAUUAGCUCAGAUGUACCAAAUUAUCCUCAGACAUCAUAUUUCGAGAGUCAAGUCAGGCAUAUUUUGCAAGGGGAGCAGAACCAUCACCCCUCUUAAAUGACAUGCUGAGAUGAAUGCUUUAAGGACAAUGCACCUGCCUCCAUUUGUGUACGUAUGAGAGAUUUUUAGUAAUCUCUUCAAAAUUCAUUAAGUGAAAUGCAUCAUUUGGACAAUUAUUUGUUUUUGUCUUCUCACCAUGUCUCCACAAUUAGGACUCAGCAGUAAUAGAGAUGCUACUCUAUAAUUGGAUGCUGGUUGAAGAAACAAAACUUUUAAGUGGCCUGGUAAUACAGCCAAGUGUCACGAUCACAGCAGGUUGGUGAUCGUGUCACAAAUGGAUUCAUCUGUUUAUUUGUGAAGACGUUUAAACCAUCCAGUGACACUUUUUUUCACAGCUCACAUUUUAGCUUGUGCAUCUUUCUCCAUCUCAGCUAAGAUUGAGCCUUUGGGUCACAGAGGCAGCAGACUUUACCUCACCUAGGCAGGAACCAUCUCAGAGUGACGCUGAAAAACUAGUUCAUGCAUUUAUUACUUCCAGGCUGGACUACUGUAAUUCAUUAUUAUCAGGAAGUCCUAAAAACUCCCUGAAAAGCCUUCAGCUGAUCCAAA